GUUUGACGGUCGUUCACUCCACUCGCUCUCGUUGAUUUGGCCAAUGUUUGGCCUAGUUGCUUAGUUUAUUAGAUUUUACUUCUAAUAUAUUUUUAUUAAUGUAGUAUUCAGUCCUUCUUUUAUUAAUACUGUGGGUUUAUUAUGUGAUACUUAAAAUGCCUGGCAUAAGGAAAUAUCGACGGGAUACCAGCGAAGUCAGCUGUUGUUUGAAAUAUGUUAUUUUUGGUGUGAAUGUUUUGUUCUGGUUCCUCGGUCUGAUUGUGUUAGCGGUGGGAGUGUGGGCAUGGACUGAGAAGGAUACAUUUAACAAUUUAUCCAGGCUCACUAACAUUGCAUUGGAUCCAGCAUUUAUAUUAAUAUGUGUGGGCGCCAUUACGUUCAUAAUUGGGUUCACGGGCUGCGUCGGUGCUCUUCGUGAGAACACGUGCCUGCUUGCAUGCUAUGCCAUUUUCCUUGCUUUGCUUCUACUGGCAGAAAUGGUUACUGGCAUUCUAUUCUUCGUAUUUAAGGACUGGAUAAAGCAACAAGCAACGACUGGUUUCCAAUCUUUCAUCACACAUUAUAGAGAGGAUCCUGACCAACAAAACUUAAUUGAUUGGAUACAAGAAGACUGGUUACAAUGCUGUGGUGUGGAAGGUCCUCGAGAUUGGGACCGUAAUGCCUACUUCAACUGUUCGAGUGGUGCAGUGGGCUCGCGCGAGGCUUGUGGAGUCCCCUUCAGCUGUUGCAGAAACAAACCACAAGAUAUCAUCAGAAACAAACAGUGCGGAUACGAUGUUAGGAAACCUACCUACAAUUAUGAUAGAACAAAGAUUAUAUAUGACAAGGGCUGCUUAGAGGCAGCCGAGGAGUGGUUCGACCACAACCUGUUGAUAGUAGCCACGUCCGCUGUUUGUACUGCUUUUGCACAAAUCCUGGGUAUUUGCUUCGCGCAGAACCUCCGAGCGGACAUAUUCGCGCAGAAGGCGAAGUGGCACUGACAAUCAGCCUCUCCUGCCGCCGUGUGACGCGCCCGCCCCCCUCCCCCCACACUCACCGCACUACUACACUACUCCAUUCUUGUACUGACUCAACACUAACUUCUCUACUCUUCCCAAGAUAAGAAAAUUACAAAUCUAUUUUUACCUGUGAAUUUAUCGAGUGGUCAAUGUUGCCAUUGUUAAAGCUUUUUUAUUAUGGCGACACUUCGAGUUGUUCUUGACAUUACGUAGACAAGUAUUUAUCAUUUACUGUAUUAUUUUAUACAAAGUAAAUUAAAGAGAUUUACACGAAUCGCUCUAUUAGCAUUUGCAGGAUUUGGGCUAAUA